AUGGCACACGUUAACCCCGUGCCAAAACUAUACAGGGACAUUAUUGAAGAUGUGAUUGAAGGUGUGCGGGAACUCUUUGCAGAAGAGGGUUUAGAUGAACAGGUUCUGAAAGACUUGAAGCAGCUUUGGGAAACCAAGGUAAUGCAGUCUAAAGCAACAGAAGGCUUCUUCAGACAUAGCCACCGUUCUUCACAGCUUGCCCUGCAGUUGCCGAACAAUUUUCACCGUGUUCUGCAGGCUUCAGCAGCUUCCUUAUUCAUCCCAACUGGCAAGGAUUUCCAGCAUUUCAUGGCAGGACACCAGGGUGCUUCAGGAGCAGGCACAACUCUUGCCCUCCCUAUGGGUAUCGCUUAUCCUGUACCAGUAUCAGCUGGAGUGGCACUACAAACAGCAUCUGGGCAACUUUAUAAGAUAAAUGUGCCUGUUAUGGUUACACAAACUGCGGGAGAUGCCAGUAUACUACUACAUCAUCCUGUUCAGCAGCUGUUCCAGCCCCGUGGGCAGCCUUUGGUUCUGCAAGGCAGCACUGCCAGUGUUGCACAGGCGCGUGCAUCUUCUGCUGAGGCAGCUGCUGAAACAUUGCAACCCCGGGAGGCUGCUGGCCAACAGACCAUGGCAUUUCAACCAAAUAGCAUGGAAAAAAAAUAUUUGGAGGACUCUACCACCACUACAUUGGUCCAGCAGCCUUCUGUGAUUCUGCAGCAGCUUGCAGCUAGUGCAGUGUUGAAUCAGCACGCAGACUCAACAGAAAAAACCCAGCAUGGCAAUCUUAACACAGCUGUGUUUACUCCAGAAUCCUCUAAAGGGUUUUCUUCUGCUGAAUCCAUGGCAAACAACUCAAGCAGUGUACUGCUGGAUGUGGAGGGGCAGUUAGACAUUGAGCCUCAGGAGCUGGAGCAACAGCUGGUGUCUGAUGAUAUCAUUGACCUGAUUAUCACGGGCAAAAGUUUGGAUGAUAGUGCUGGUCUGAAAGAUGAGGACAGCAUUGCUUCCUGUGGCAAGAUGGAACCUACUGAGCAGAUGGAAUCUAAUUUACCAUCAGGGAAGGACAUCUGCAGUGACAUUAAAGGCAUAAUUCAGCUAGAUGGUACUGGUGAUCUUUCUCCCAAGGAAGAAACACCACAUACAAAAGAUGAGGAAGAGAAUGAAUUCAUUGGCAUUAUUGAAUCAGAGGAUCUAAAAGUUUUGGAGAAUGAGGAAGAUGAUGAAGAAGAAUGUGGUAGUAUUUCAAGCACGGAAUCUAGCAGCAGUGGUAAUGAUAAUGUAGAGCCCCAAAUAGAUACAGUUGAGGAGGACCCCUUAAAUUCUGGUGAUGAUGUCAGUGAACAGGACACUCCAGACUCGUUUGACACUGACAAUGUGAUAGUUUGUCAGUAUGACAAGAUACAUCGAAUUAAGAACAAAUGGAAGUUUUACUUAAAAGAUGGAGUGAUGUCCUUUAAUGGUAAAGACCAUGUUUUUGCAAAAGCCAUUGGAGAUGCGGAGUGGUGA